GGUGUGCGCCGCUCCUUUCAUAAGCGCCUUCAGAAAGGUUUCGCCCCCCCUCCCCGUUUGGCGAAUUGGUAUUGCCCUCCCCUAUAAAUAAUAGGGGGGGGGGGCUACGCCUAUAAUUCUGAGGGGGAUCGAUGUGGUGUGAUGUCGAAGGCACUGGUGGAGGACAGCCAGGCAGCAGGCCCACAGGAGGCAUGUGAAGCCAGCUCCCAAAGGAGAGGCUGGGGGCUGAUGGUCACUGCCGGUGUUGGUGGGACCUUGGUGGCCCUGUAUGCUGUGGUCACCCCCUUUGUGACCCCUGCGCUGAGGAGAGUGUGUCUGCCCUUUGUUCCUGCAACUUCUACCCAGAUCCAGAAUGUGCUGAAAAUGUUAGAAAACAGAAGCGGUUCCCUAGUUGACAUUGGUAGCGGGGAUGGCCGUAUUGUGAUAGCAGCUGCAAAAAGGGGAUUCAAAGCUGUUGGUUAUGAAUUAAAUCCUUGGCUAGUCUGGUACUCCAGAUACUGUGCAUGGAGAGAUGGGGUACAUCAGAACACCAAAUUUUAUAUUUCAGACCUAUGGAAGGUUUCUUUUUCCCAUUAUACGAAUGUUGUUAUUUUUGGGGUCCCUCAAAUGAUGCCACAGUUGAAGAAGAAGCUAGAAGAAGAACUUGAAUGUAAUGCCAGAAUCAUUGCCUGUCGUUUUCCUUUCCCUUCUUGGAUCCCGGAUCAUACUACUGGAGAGGGAAUAGACACUGUGUGGGCCUAUGAUUUGAAACAUUCUAGAAGACAUGAAUCAAAAACCUUGGAAGUUACACCAGAGACAGAAUUCUAAAUAUCGAGUUUGGUUUUGUCCUGAAAUUUACAGCUUUGCCUUUCACCUGUUAAAGAUAAGAUUAACAUGAAUACAGCCCCAGGACUGGAGAUACAUACUCACUGAAAUAGCUGAGGGGCACUAGUUGCCUGAAAGCGCAAGAAGGUUAGUGAAAGGUGUAGUUAAAUAGCUUAAUGUCAUUAGUAAAAACUAUGAGAAAGUUUUAUAGAAGUGGCAAACUUUAAUAUGGUAAAUAGCAUAAAACACGGUUCACUACUGCUAAGGGGAAUAUACGUAGAAGUUAAAAUGCUCAAAUUGGCGAACUUAACAUGUGCAUUCAUUCGGAUCCUACAUAGCAUUUGUUAUUGGGGUUGGAAGUGGUGUGCAAGUGACUUCUUAAAUGAGCCGUGGUGCCCAAAUGUCUUCAUUAUGUAUGCCAAGUAGGCAUAAUGCUGUAUACAUCAAACUGAUGCAGAUUGAGUAUGGUGAUGUUUUACACCUCAGUUUUACACCUCAGCCUUGAAUGUGUUUUUCUUUAAAGUUGAAUGUAACAAAUCAAGCAAAUAUAACAAGUUGUUUAUUCAUUAACACAAGUGCAGCCUUUGAUUGUA